AUGCGCGAAAAACAUCAUUGGGGUGAUUAUUACCUAUCUGGUGGUCGAAAAACUAAAAAAUCUUGGGCACUUGAAAUGGUUCAUUCGGUCAAUCAAAUUAUUCCAACAUUUAAUGAAUUGUUUGAUGAGGAAACAUUCUAUGCAUUUGCCUUUAUUGUUGUCAUUUGUUCGAUACUUACGGCAAUAUUUCUAUCAAAAGUCGUUGGUAUACGUAUAAGAGAAUAUCCAUUAAAUAUUGACCGUGAAUGGCGCGAUGUACGACCAGCAAAUUUGUUUCAAUUUCCAUGGAAUCGAAGAAAUUGA